AUGGCGCAACAAGACAACGCCGCACGCAUCGCCGAAGCAAAGAAGCAGGCAAAGGACCAACCGCAAAAGGCCGAACAGACUUUCAAGAGUGUCCUGGAACAAGGCCCCGGCAAGUCCGAUGCCGCCGCUCGCGACUAUGAGAACGCCUUGAUGGGUCUUGGUGAGCUGUACCGCGACCAACGCCGCACGAAUGACCUGGCCGAGCUCGUCCAGCAGAUCAAGGGCGUUCUCUCAUCACUGGCAAAGGCAAAGACCGCAAAGUUGGUGCGCCAACUGCUCGACCUCUUCAUUCCCAUCCCCGAUUCGCUCGAAACACAGAUCACCGUCACAAAGUCAUGUAUCGACUGGGCCGUCCAAGAACGUCGUGGUUUCCUCCGCCAGAACCUCGAGACACGGCUGGUGUCGUUGUACAUGCAAAAGCAGAGCUAUUACGAGUCCCUUACCCUCAUCAACCGUCUGCUCAAGGAGUUGAAGCGUCUUGACGACAAGCUGGUUUUGGUCGAAGUCCAACUCCUUGAAUCAAGAGUCUACCACGCUCUCGGAAACGUUCCCAAGGGUCGCGCCGCCCUCACAUCUGCCCGCACAUCCGCCGCCUCUGUUUAUUGCCCGCCAUUGUUGCAAGCCAACCUCGACAUGCAGAGUGGUAUGCUGCACGCUGAAGAUGGCGACUUCAACACCGCCUAUUCAUACUUCAUCGAAGCCCUUGACGGCUACCACGCUCAGGACGAGACUGAGAAGGCAACCGCUGGUCUCAUGUACAUGCUUCUCUGCAAGAUCAUGCUCAACGCUGGUGACGACGUCAACAACCUUAUGCAAUCCAAGCACGCUCUCAAGUAUGGUGGCAAGGGUCUGGACGCCAUGAAGCACGUCGCCAAAGCUCACACCGACCGUUCGCUCGAAGAGUACGAAACCGCCCUCGCCGAUUACCGUCAUGAACUCGCUUCCGACCGCUUCAUCGCCACUCACCUCCGCCGUCUUUACGACAACAUGCUCGAGCAGAACUUGAUCAAGGUUAUCGAGCCUUUCAGCCGUGUUGAGAUUGCACACAUCGCCAAGAUGGUCGGUUUGGAUGUCCACCAAGUCGAGCACAAGUUGAGUCAGAUGAUCUUGGACCGUGUCAUCAUUGGUGUUCUCGAUCAAGGUCAGGGAUGCCUCGAAAUCUUUGACGAGCCCGAGCGUGAUGCUCAAUACGAUGCCGCCCUCAACACAAUCGACAAGCUGAGUAAUGUUGUCGAUGUGCUCUACACCAACCAGGCCAGUCUUCUGGAGUAA